AUGAUGCUUAGCUGGUCUUUUCGAACGAAGAUCUUCGAGAACUCAUAUUGGACCGGGAAUAAAAAAGGGACAAAAGUAAAGUAUAAGCGCAUAUGGCACGAAAAGGAAAUCCAAUUUCGGGUGGCCGGCUUCCUCGGAGUGAAGGCCGUUUCAGUACUGUUUUUAAAAAUGGGCUGCCCCGCAGCUCUGGCCUUCGUGAUUGGCUGUGCUUGCCGAGCACUCGUCACUCCGGAGGCAAACGCCUCCCUCGGGCAUUGGGUGCUUCCCGGGCCUUCUCACCAGCCUCACGUGGCAGAAGAGGUUCCCCACCAAGAGGGCCUGCGGGACCAUCCUGUAGCAACCCGAAGCGCUCCGCCAGUGGAUCUGGAGGUUAAGCAGCCGCUUAUGGGCGACCAACAGCGGCACGAAGAGCUGGCAAAUCGACUCAAUCACCACUUCCUUGGCAAAAGUGAACAAAUAGGUAGCCUAGCCUAUGACGAUUUGUUGGAUAAACAGAUCCUCAUAGAGGAAAAGCUCGAAAUAGCGCUACUUAACGAGGGUUUUAGUAGAGACCGGAUUUUAGCGAAUCGCUAUGAAAUUAGAGAACUUAUAUUUUAUAAAGAGGGAGUUCCACUCAAGGAAGAAACGCUGGGGAUGCACUUAGCCCAGAUCCAAAGCGAUCCUUUCUCAAACAUCCCAUAUCGGGGGGAGCUCAUGCUUGUUGGGUAUUACCUUUCCUGGAGCCUCUUCUCACUCACACAUCAUAUGAUUGUGUGGUGGGCGGCAUUGCGGGCCGACCCGAAUCGGCGUGGACCCAUUGAAACUAGGCUAUUCUCGGAUAUGCUGUUGUCAUUGGGGAUAGUACAGUUGCGAGAGAAUAAACCAAACCAGGAAACGCAGGCAAUGGGGGAAAUAACGACCUCUGGGGGCACGGAGUCGAGUGAGGCCAGAUCUGAGAAAGCCGGAAAGCGCAGCAACCAGAGAACCAUAAGUUGGAGUGCUGCAGCUCACAGAAAGAGACGUGGGAAGGGGCUUUCGGCCCGUGGACCCAGGCACCGAUGCGUAGGCGGAAUCCGGCUAGGGUGGAGACGACGAAAAGAGGGAAGGCUUAAAUAA